CAGACAAAGCAGCCCCAGGGAUAGGGGGAGCUUCCAGAGAGGCUCGUGACCAGGCCACAGGGCUGUAAACCAAAAGCCACAGGACUCUGUAAGCCCGCCGGGCACCACAGAGGCAGAAGGGGUGAUGAGUGAGAGGCGAGUGGCGGUGGACUUGCCCAUCAGUACCAGCUCUAGCAUGCCCCUCCAGAGGCGCAGGCCGUCCCUCAGGGGGCCACGGUCAUCAUCCUCCCUGGACAGUCCCCCAGCCUCCAGAACCAACGCCGUGAGUGGCCUCAUCCGAGCACCUGGGGUCUAUGUAGGGACAGUGCCCAGUGGGUGCAUAGGUGGCCUGGGUGCCCGUGUGACCCGCCGGGCCCUGGGCAUCAGCAGUGUCUUCCUCCAGGGCCUGCGGAGCUCAGGCCUGGCCACCAUGCCCACUCCAGAUUUGGAGAGGGAACACAGUUCUGUUGAGGACCUUGGGGGCUGCCUGGUGGAAUAUAUGGCCAAAGUGCAUGCCCUGGAGCAAGUCAGCCAGGAGCUGGAAGCGCAGCUGCGGAUACACCUGGAGAGCAAGGCCACGCGCUCAGGGGGCUGGGGCACACUCCGCAACUCUUGGGCCAGCAGCUGCCAGCAGGUGGGUGAGGCAGUCUUGGAAAAUGCCCGGCUCAUGCUGCAGACGGAGACUAUCCAGGCGGGUGCGGAUGACUUUAAAGAGAGAUAUGAAAAUGAGCAGCCAUUUCGGAAGGCAGCAGAAGAGGAAAUUAACUCCCUGUAUAAAGUCAUUGAUGAAGCUAACUUGACCAAAAUGGAUCUGGAGAGUCAAAUAGAAAGUCUGAAAGAAGAGCUCGGCUCUCUGUCAAGGAACUAUGAAGAGGAUGUGAAGGUGCUGUACAAACAGCUGGCAGGGUCUGAGCUGGAACAAAUGGAUGUUCCCAUCAGCACUGGUCUGGAUGACAUCCUCGAGACCAUCAGAAUUCAGUGGGAGAAAGAUGUGGAGAAGAACCGGAUGGAGGCAGGAGCCUUGCUGCAAGCCAAGCAACAGUCGGAGGUGGCCCACACGUCCCAGACCCAGGAGGAGAAGCUGGCUGCGGCCCUCAGGGUGGAGUUACACAACACAUCGUGCCAAGUCCAGAGCCUACAGGCCGAGACCGAAUCCUUACGGGCCCUGAUCCGCCUCCAUCUCCUCCCGCCGCCCGCCCCUCCAAGCUCCCACAGCGGCGGGCGGUGCAAAGUACGCAGGCGCGGGCGCUGCUUCUCGCUUCUGGUGGCCCGCCCUCCCUCCUCCCCCUCCCUCCCCUCCCCACCCCCUCUCCCCUCCUCUCCGGGCCUGUGCGCGCGCGUCUUCCUCCUGCACGCGCCGCCGCUAGUCGAGCACUCUCUCCGGAGCCUCUGGCCCGCGCGUCCCUUUUCCUCUCUGGCUGUGGGGCGAGCGGGACCCUGCACCGCCGUCGCGGCAGCAGCGGCAUCCCUGGCGGGCUCGGGCGGCGGCAGCGGCGCGCGAUAUCCCCGGCGGACCGUACCACCGUUCGCCAGCACGCGGGGGGAGCCGCACGCCCCGCCGCACACGCCUCGGCGACCCCGCGGGGCUGAGGCGUCGCCGCGCCGGGCAGCGUGA